GACACAACCAGUAGCGUUGCAGCAUAUAGCGCGCCUUUUGUCAUCAAUGUCAGAAAAUUCGAAAUUUGCAGAAACUUAUUUUUUCAGUCCUACUUCGCCAACGCCGGAAUGCUGUGCAACCACGCAACGAAUCAAUGGGGAAUGAUUUCUGGCGAGCAGUACCUUUACAAAAUCUGCACGCCAAUUGGACAUCGACCCUAUCCAGGAACGACGUUGUCCUUCAUUCGGGACGCCGAUCAGACGUUGUUCGUCGAUCGCCAGUACAACAAUAACGACCUCUCAGAACUUCGCGACAUUCUGAAUCGCGUUCCAGACAUCGCUCUCGUCAUCUACGGUAGUUCUGCGUGGAACGGCUUCCACACGUUCUUCCUUCCAAAUGACAAGGCAUUCGCUAAGGUAAUUACGAUCGACAGACGCAUUGACCGCGAAGUACUGCUGGCGCAUGUGACUGGGAUGAAUCGGGUACUGUUCACAUACGCAUGGAUGUACGAUGGUGGUAUCCACUACUACCCAUCUGUUAGGUAA